AUGGAGAACUAUCAGAAGUUGGAAAAGAUUGGUGAAGGCACCUACGGUGUCGUUUACAAGGCCCGAGAUCUCGCCAACAGCGGCCGCAUUGUUGCCUUGAAGAAGAUUCGUCUCGAGGCCGAGGACGAGGGUGUUCCCAGUACCGCCAUUCGCGAAAUCUCCCUCCUCAAGGAGAUGCGAGAUCCCAACAUCGUCACCCUGUUCAACAUUGUCCACGCCGACGGCCACAAGCUGUACCUUGUCUUCGAGUUCCUCGACCUCGAUCUCAAGAAGUACAUGGAGGCGCUUCCCGUCAGCGAUGGUGGUCGUGGCAAGGCUUUGCCCGAGGGCUCGUCUCCCCACCUGCAGCACCUUGGUCUCGGAGAUAUGGUCGUUCGAAAGUUCAUGAUGCAGCUCUGCGAUGGAGUCAAGUACUGCCACUCCCACCGCAUUCUCCACCGCGAUCUGAAGCCCCAGAACCUGCUCAUCGACAAGGAGGGCAACCUCAAGUUGGCCGAUUUCGGACUUGCUCGCGCCUUUGGUGUGCCGCUGCGCACCUACACCCACGAGGUCGUCACGCUGUGGUACCGAGCCCCCGAGAUUCUGCUCGGUGGAAGACAGUACUCAACUGGUGUUGAUAUGUGGUCGGUGGGCUGCAUCUUCGCCGAGAUGUGCACUCGCAAGCCGCUCUUCCCCGGUGACUCGGAGAUUGACGAGAUCUUCAAGAUUUUCCGCAUUCUGGGAACACCUUCAGAAGAGCUGUGGCCUGGUGUCACGUCGUACCCCGACUUCAAGUCAUCUUUCCCCAAGUGGCUGCGUGACAUGAACGCUGUGCUUUGCCACAGCCUUGACGACCAAGGCCUUGAUCUCCUGGAGAUGAUGCUUGUCUACGACCCGGCCGGACGUAUAUCGGCGAAACAAGCGUGCAAUCACCCUUACUUCGAGGACUACCUGGCUGAGCAACAGGCGGCAACUGGCCGUGCAAAUGGAUACUACCACUAG